AUGGAUAUUCCGACGUUAAAAAUCAAUGGAAAAGAUCUGCAAAAUUUGAUCAGUUUUAUUUACAAACAUGAACAGCUUUUGAAAGAAUUCGGUGCAGUUAAAAUUCAACCGAAUAUCGACUGUCAAUUAGCUUUGAAGAAACGGCGAAAAAACAUAGCGUUAUGCCCGUGUACGGAAACAAUCGUAAGAAUAAAUAAAAAUGAACCUGUCUACCUCGCACAGAAGUUUGAUUAUAUUGACAACCAUGCUAAACAAGCGUCGUUGGUGACUGAUGAAUGUAGUUUUUGGUCCUCAUUAUCUUGUUCUAGCAACGAACAACGACUUGUGAACACUUCGCUAGUACCUAAUAAGAGUUUCUUUAGUGAGAAAACAUCUCGUUUAUAUUUUGAUAUUCACCGUUUGCCAUAUCAAUCACUUCUUAAACUUGGUGGUACUAAAGUGACACGUCAAUUCGUUCCAUGUGUGAAAAGAGCAUUUGGACCAGGUGCUAUAUUUCCAAUGACUUCUGCUCGGCAGCGUCUCUUCUCGAUCGACUAUCAUCAUGAAGGUGGUGCUCAUCACUGGUAUAUUGUUCCGACUCGUGAAAGAGAAAUUCUACAAGAAAUAAUUGAUCACUACAAACCUAGUAUGUGUCUUGAUCAUGGACAGUUACUUAUCGAUCCUUUGAUACUAGACAAAAACCAUAUUCGUUACCAUCGAGUUAUUCAACAUCCAGGCGAACUUGUUGUUUUAUCAGCUGGUGCUUUGGCACAAAGUUUCACAGAAGAUGCUAGUUGGAGCGAAUCAAUCGCUUUUGCCUUACCUAGCUGGAUUGAAGAAGGUCAUGCAAGUGUUUCGGUUCCACGAUGCCAAUGCAAUAUUUCUCAAGAUUUUUUACCAGAAAUUAUUGACACUUCUAUAUUUAGGCCUGAGCUUAUACAAAGAUACAUUACGUCGCAUCUCAAUGUUACCACUGAUGAUGAGUCACUAACUUUGAAAGGUUCAUGA